GACAUUUUGAGAUUGUUUACGCAUGUUAUGGUUCAGAGUUGUCAAUCUGAAAUGAUGUUUGGUCUUGAAAACUAAAAUGGCUUCUCGAGAUAGAACAACAAUGGACGAUUUCAAUCUAAGCUUGACCGGGUCAGGUAUCCAAUCAGCAGCCUCCACUCACAGGAGUAGGCCAGGAUCAGCGAAAAACAAGCGACCAAGCUCCGUUACUGACAUGUCCACUGGAAGAGAGUCCAAACCUGCAUCAGCAAGGAAGAAAACCACAGGCAAUACGAGUGCUGCAUCAACACACCGCAGUGAGUUUUCUGACUUCUCUUCUGUCAGCACGAGCAAAAAAGGCACCGCAGCAAGGUCAAGCAAAGGCCCCAGAGAUGACUUUCUGGCCCUAUUUGAAAGUAGUACGCAACCUAAAAUCAAGGGAACCAGUGCAGGAAGUAAGAAGCCGUCUAGCACUGCAAACAAGGUUCUUUGGAGUAGCCCAGCUGGAAGCAAGGCUUUGAAGAGCAAGUUUACCCCCAAAACCAUGAAUUCAAAACCAGCCAAAGAAGUUGAAGCAGCUGCUAAUUUGGAUGUGUUUCAUGAUCAGGAUGAAUGGCUGACAAAUGAAUCCAAUACACACUCCAUAUUCCAACAAAAAAGUGCAAGAAGUAGUUCCGAUGAGGAAGGUUUCAGUUUUAAGGACCGAUUAUCUCAGUCUUUUUCAAAUAGAGGUCGAAAGUCCUCCUCUGAUCAAGAGAGUUUCAAAAAGGGAGAUAACACAGACAAAGGGUUAUCUCCGAGAGUUGCGAAUAAUAACAUACCUAGAACCUCUAGUCAAGGUGCAAUAGCUAACAAUAUGACUUUACAGGGAAUGUCUAAAGGUGUCAAAGUUGGUUUAUCAGAUCUAGAAAACUCUUAUCAAAAUAUUAAACACAAAACUCCUGUGAAUCAGACUCGUAAGUCGCAAAGUAGCGCUUACACACCUGGUGCUUAUAUUAACAGUGCGAAUUCAAUGGUCGAAGAUCACAUUAAAAAGGUGAACAUGGCCGCAACACAGAUUCAGAGAUGGUUUAGAAGGCAUAGUGUACAAAAUAAAGAGACUGAGGUCUCAACAAAGGCUGGUGAAGCAGCAUUACAAAGGCUGCUCCAGUCAAAAAAGCAAACAUUCGAGGAACAGCGCUUACGUGAAUCUCAGAAUGAUUUCUUUGCAAAGGAGAUGGAAGAAAGAGGCAGGGAAGAUAGGAAAAGGAAUAAAGAGGAGCGUGCUAAAAUGGCAAGACAGGAAGCCAUUAAGGAGCUUCACCGUAAAAGAGAAGAGAAGAGAGAGGAUGUGAAGAAAAAAGCUGAGGAAGAGCUGGCUUUCCUUACAGCCAGUGGCAAGAUUACAAAGAAAACUGGGCUAGGAAAGAAGAAAGGCACCAAGCCAGUCUCCAAGAAGUCGAAAGGUGACAAUGAUGCCAACAUCAACACUCACGAUGGCAGCUCACCCGAGCGAGAUAACCGGAACGUGGAGAGGAAUAAUGAUGACAGUAUGGAUGAAUAUUACCAGAACCACAUUGAAAACACAGCCAAUGGCUCAGAAAGGGUGGAUGAGAAUGAAGCAGGGAGCCAUGUAGCGCCGAGUGAUUCUGUAACCAAGACGACACUUGACGAUUUGUUUGAGACGCUGAAGAAAUUGGAGGAAGAAGAACAGCUUGCUACGGCCAGACCGGAGAGGAAAAAUGCAUGGUUGGAAGACAUCGAAAAAGCCUUGGAGAGUGAUGGAGACAACCCUAGUCUGAAUGCAGAAAACCUCCACAAGUUCAAUAGCCAGAAGGCUGAUCUACCUACCAAGGCUAGCCUACUGUCGGAUGACAAGAUGAAGAGCAUUAUGGCAUUUCUAGAUGAAGUGCAGGUCUCAGAGAGACUGAGUACAGUUGAUCAAGAGAUAUCCAAGCUGACAUCCGACCUUGAUCGGCCUACUGUUGGUCCAACUCAAGAUGAGUUUGCUGAGCUAGAACAGGUAAACGCUGCAGCCUCUGAGGUCACAAACACAGUCCUCAGCCAACGCCUAGAGCUAGAUGAGAAAAAACGCAGUGUCUCUAUGCUCCAGAAAGCGCUGAAUCAGCAGCGCGAGCUGACAGUUCGGCACGCCCGGGAGACAGACAAGGAGAUGAAGCAUCGCUUGGACCUCCAGAAAGAAGAAUAUGAGGAAACUAUCAAACGACACCUGUCUUUCAUCGACCAGCUGAUAGAUGACAAGAAGACCCUGAGUGAAAGGUGUGAGACUCUGGUGAAGGAGUUGAAACAGGUGGACAAGAAAUACCAGGACCGCAUCAAGGCCAUCACUGACAAACAUAACAUUGACAUGCAGAAGUUGAAGGACAUGCAUGAGGCGGCGGAGAAACUACGCAGAGAGAGAUGGAUCGAGGAGAAAACCAAGAAAAUCAAGGAAAUGACAGUGAAAGGUCUUGAGCCGGAGAUACAGCGACUAAUAGCCAAACACAAGAGCGAGUUGAAAAAGAUCAAACAAAUCCAUGAGGCAGAGUUGUUAGAGUCAGACGAGCGAGCGGCCCAGAAAUAUGUCCGGAUGACUGAGGAGCUACGGGAUCAGCUUGCUUCUGAGAAGGAGUCUGCAUGUGCUCGGGAAAGAGAACUGGCAAAGCAGAGGUACGAAAAACAAGUCCAACAAGAAGAGGAAGCGUACCAACAACAGAGACGUCGGUUGAUGACAGAGGUACAGGAAGAGAAAGAUCGCGUUGCUAAGGACGCGUCUCGUCAGCGAGCCGACAUCGAUAGACUUCAGCAACAGUUACAAGACAAACAUUCUUACGCCAUGGAUGCGAUGAGGAUUGAAUUUGACAAGGCUAGGGAGGAGCAGGAGAAAAGACAUGCUGCCGAGACAAAAGAACUGAAAGAGCGUAUGGAGAUUGAAAAGGCGACAUGGGAGGAGAAUUAUCGCAAGAAACAGGAGACAUUCCUGAUGCAGCGGGAACGCGAGCUCAAGGAGGGCGUGAAGAAAGAUCGGAACAAGGAGAUUGAACUCGUUAUUCGGCAACUGGAGGAAGAUGCGACAGCUGCGCGGGAAGACUGCGAAAGGGUUGCAGAGAAUAGAAUAAAGAGGAUACGAGAAAAGUACGAGUCAGAAAUGAGGGAGGUGGAAAGAUCUGAGAAACAGGCUCUUGAAAGAUACAAUGAAAUGAAGGCCCGACUGACAGAGGUGGAUGGAGAAAAUGAGUGUCUGAAGGUCUACCAGAAACAGAAGGACCAGGAAAUCAAGGAACUCCAAAAGCUGACAGAUAAGAUGCAUAAAGAACGUGACCGCGUCUCUGACAUAAUCCGGCAAGAGUUUGCUGACCGGCUUGUGUUUACGGAGGAAGAAAACAAGCGGAUCAAGAACGAGAUGUCAGAACUGAAAGCUCGUCAGCGUAUUGAGCUGGAUAAGGCCAAGGAUGAGAUUGAGGAUAUCAAGAAAAUGAAAGAUGAUGAGAUGGAGGAGGUUCACAAACGGGUGAAGCAAGCCAUUGUGAAGAAGGAAGAGGUUGUAACCCAGCUCAAACAGCAGUACCAGGCUGCGCAGAAACGAGCUGACCAUCUGGAGGGCCUCCUACAACAGCAGAGAAAGCAGCUCCUUAAUAAAUGAGGAACUGUCAUAUCAUAUAGAAAUUGCUGCAUGGUUAAAUGCACUGAAAAUUUGAAUGCCCUUUUGCAACACAUAGAGGAAGAGCUCCUUAAUUAAUAAGGAACUGUCAUAUCAUCUAGAAAUUACUACAUGGUUAAAUGUGCUGAUGGCUUGAAUGCCCUUUUGCCACACACAGAGGAUGCAGCGCCUUAAUAAAUGAGAACUGUCAUAUCAUAUAGAAACUGCUGCAUGGUUAAAUGCACUGAAGAUUUGAAUGCCCUUUUGCAACACAUAGAGGAAGAGCUCCUUAAUAAAUGAGGAACUGUCAUAUCAUCGAGAAAUUACUACAUGGUUAAAUGCACUGAUGAGGGACUGUCAUAUCUUAUUUUAAAAAAUGCUGCAGAGUAAACAAACAUGCUGACAAUUUGAAUGGCAUUUUGCAACACAGAGAGGAAAGUGCUCCCUGAUAAAUGAAAUAUGGCUUGCUUGGCAAACUUACGGAAAACAAAGUGUAGUUUAUUUGCCAUAAAUCUGAAAAAUUAUAACAGUGGUGACUUAAAAACUGCUACCUAUAUGGUUGAGCAAGCUGAGGAUUUGAAUGGCCUUUUGCAACACUGAGGGGAAACAACUAUCGGAUAUUUAGUUAACUUUCUCUUUGCAUAUAUUUACAGAACAUUUAUGCAAAAUGAAAAAAUAAAUACAUUGCCAUAAGGGAUAUAAAAUUGCUGCAAAGAAAUCGUCUCCAACAUCAUUAGAAAAAACAGCCCCUUAAUAAAUGAAAUACUUCUUUCUUAUAUACAUGAGUGAAAAGGAUUACAGAAGUGACUAAGACAUUGCUGCAUGGUUUGAAAUCACUAUGAUUUUCUCCCACAACAACUGUCAGAGAAACGGCUUGUCUAGAAAUAAGAUCUAAGAUCUAGCUUGAUUGACAUUAUGAAAAAAUGAAUUAGAAUUAAAUGGUGACUUAAUUUACUUCCAGAUGUUGUUUUCUGGUUAUAUGGCCACCUUAACAUUCAGAAAUUUGAAUUUGAAGUAUAAGAAAUAAACUUGUUUCAAUGACAUUAUUGAUAGCGGACAAACUAGAAACUCAUUGGGGGAGGGGUGGGGGUAUUCAUAUACUUGGCUUUUGCAUACAUGUGUCUAAAAAUAGACUUGCACAUACUCAUUAUUAACCUGAUAGAGAAUGAUAUUAUUAUAAAAAUAAGGCUCUCUUUCAAAUAAAUGUGUCUUCAAUUGUUAAGAUUUUACUAGUUCAUGUCAGUGAGUUUCUUUUCUUUAAAAUUACAUUUUUAUGUGUAAAAUAAAAUUGCAUAAUGAGAAACUUCAUUGCAUCCUUUGAGGUCUUUGUUUUUUUAGAAAACUAUGUAAGAGAAAACUAGAGCCUGUUUCUUGGCUAUGGGGUACCUGCAUUCGAAGUGCUUCCAGAUAGUUGUAUUAACAAAUGAAAAAUGAAGGAAUGAUUUCCUUUACUUAUUUUGUUUUAUUGUAUUUAUGGUUGGACAAUGUAUAUCAUGCAGAUGCCAAACUGAAUUUAUAUCAUAAGUGAUGUCGACAUCAUUAAAUAAAAUCAUAAAAUAUGUUUGAUAUAUAUUAUUACCAAAAUGACUUUUGACGUAAUGUUAUAAAUAAAUAACGUUCAAAACAUGCUUGCUAUAUAACGACGUAUGAAGUAUUUAGAACUAUUAAUCAUAAAAUAGGUUUUAACGAUAAAAAUAGAGUGUCACAUUCUUUGUUAUUCAGUACGAAAUUUAUUAAAGUAGAUUACUUAAAUUUAUUUACCUUGCCACGGCUCACUUUUUAUAAAUUUUAGAAAACAUGUUUAAUACAUUCUGUAAUGAAUGUCCACUGUAAUAUUGUUUUGUUUUUUACCUGAAAUGAGCCGAUUGUUCAGAAAUUUGUCAAUGUUAACAAUGUUGUUACGUCAUUGUUGUUAAUUUUAAAAGGUAGAAUAUUUUAUGAUAUGCUUAUUUAUUUGCAUAAGACAUGUACAGCUGAAACCGUUAUUUCAAAUUUUGUUAGAAAUACUGCAGAUCACAAAUUUGUCCAUUUAACUUCCAGUGCAGUAAAGAUUUUAAAGUUAACAACAGUGACGUUAACAAUGUUGUUAACUACAACAAAGUUCCGAACAAUCGGCCCAAGGUUAUGAAAAUAGAUACUCGAUUAUUAACGAUUAUCAGUUGAGUUUUGAUCCACAUAGUAUACUUUAGCCUUUACCCCAAAAUAACGAUUAUAGGAUUGUUUUUAAUGAGUAUGUCAUUGAAAAUCAAAUCCAUUCAUUAACAGUUUAAGGUUGAUGUGUUAUAUAUUUCACUAUUUAUUAUGUCACCUACUACACAUAUAUACAUAGAACAUUUUAUUUUCAUAUUUAUUCAAGAUUUGUCUUGAUACUUUUCAUUAAGGUUAGUGCUAUUAAUUGUUCAUUAAAAUGUGAGUUGCAAACUUGGUGGUCAUUUUUUUUUUACUUCAGUUUAGCAAAUCAGUGAUGUUGUUUAUUACUUACUUUAUAUUGAAGUUGUAUAAUUUUGUUACAUAAGAAAUGUAUUUAUCGGUGUUAUUCUUAGUUGGCUUUGUAAAUAUUUCUGUCAUAGUUAACUAUUUUUCAUUCCGUCCAGUUUUAUUUAUUGUUAUAGUUUGUAUGUAGAGUUUAAUUUUGUACGCCAACAAUCUUUAUUUGUGCUGCUCUGCUGUCUCAGAUGUGGAUUUAUUUGAUAGCAUGUUUAUAGGCAAAUGUUGUAAAUUUUCUUUAAAAAAAUAAUUUAAGCUUUGGUCACAAUACUUACAAUUGUCAGAAAAAGGUGUUAUAAGUUAUAUGGAAUAGUUUAGCCUUUUGUUUCAUUUUGGUAUUAAAUCAUUUCAUUUUGGUAUUAUAAUCACUGCCGUUGAACAUUUAUUAAAUACACAAUGCGCUGUUUGUUCAGGACUCUGUUAAAGGUAACAAGGUGAUAAACAAGAUCGCUGUCAACUUUUAAACACGAUCUAUUUGAUGAUGUGCAAAUAUAUUUAAAUCAAAUAAGUACAUCUGAAUCAGUUGUCUCAAAUUUUGUUAGAAAUACUGCAAAUCAGAAGUGUAUCUAUUUAACUUCAAGAGCCGAUUUGAAAUUUAACAACAACGAUGUUUAACAACGUUGUAUUAAACAAAGUUCUAAAUUAUCGGUCCAGUUAGGCCUAAAAAAAAAUUGUUUGGUUAGGGUUACAUCCUUAGAAUAUCAUUUCAUCAUUGGAGAAUGGUGUUAAAGCUAUCUUCUGUAUAAGCAUUUAAGGUUUAAACUACAUAUUGAAAAUCAAUUAAAAAAAAACGAAUUUUUUUUUUUUUUUUUUUUUCAUUUUUUUUUCAAA